CUCACUGUGAGAGUCUGAUAAUUUGGCCAUGGAAUCAGCUAGGUGAUGCGGGGGCAGCUUCGAGCCCAACUUGUCUCUUACAACACAUCACCACGGCCAAUACAUUGUCAGUUGUAUAAACACAAUAGAACAAGUCCACAUCAUCUCUUUAUCUCCAUUGGCUGUUUCCAUGGACACCAAAAUUACCUCGACCCAAUCCGAGCUUACCAACAUGAAAGUACAUUUUGACACGUGCAAUGUAAACAGUUAGUUUGAUAUCACUGAUGGGCAAAACAAAAUGACACAUUAGAGCAACGUGUCGAAUUGGAGGCAAUAUAAAGCUUGGUUAUUUUUGCAAGGAAGAUUAGUCAUGACAACCAUUUGGUAAAAUAAACUUGCAGAGCGAUGGUUGCCUGUCAGCUUAAGGCGGCGCGCGCUCUGUCCCUCGCUACGCUCUUAGUUGGCCUAUUAGCGCGCGCCGUCACUUCAAACAGCGGGGGAAAUGCCACGGAUGACCCCCGCACUAAGACGGCCGUCUACAUGGGCGCUUUCUUCGCUUUCCCUAACAGCCCGCUCCUGGGCGCACUGCAAGCCGUUGCACAGACAGCUCUAGACCACGUGAACAGCUUGGAAGGAAUCCUUGACGACUAUCAGUUGAGAAUGAGGUGGAAUUGGACUGGGGCAGCCGACCCUGAGGAGGCUCUGAGGCUCCUGUAUACAUUGGUGAAUGAAGGACCUCCCGUGGUCAUCGCGAGCGGACCUCAUCACUUAAGUGAGGCGACAAUAGUCAACCAGGUGGCGGCGAGGUACAACAUUGUCCAGAUGGGCCUGGCGACACAUGAGUCCCUGUUAGACAGAUCCUUGUAUCCCUACACUGUCCAGGCGUUUCCCUCGAAUGAUGCUAAACUGUUAGCGGGAGCAGCCUUCUUCAAGCGGAUGGGAUGGAGACGCGUCGCCUUCAUCUUCGAGGAGAGUAUCGUCUUCCAGAAUCAUAUGAGGGACUUUCGAGAGAUCUUAGAAGCUAGAGAUAUCCAGAUAGUCGCAUCAGAGAGAGUCAAAGAUAUCGCCAACUUGCAUCUUCACCUACAAAGUCUCAAGCGCCAAGAUGCACGCAUCAUAUACCUUGGAUUCUACAAGGCGACUACACUGCGGUUAUUUUGUCAGGCUUAUCUUGCCGAAAUGACCGGUGCUAAGUACGUGUGGAUUGCGCCGUACUGGGCGGGCACCGUGUGGUGGUCUAACGUCUCGCCGUCUAGUAUCGCUCCCUGCUCGGCGGAACAGUUCGUCGACGCGGUGGAUACGACCUUCCAUUUCACGGGGACCGUUCAGGGCGAUUUAUCUGUCCUGAAUUACAACGGAGUGAAACCUUUGCCAGAGCACUACGACUACUUCAACAGCCUGCCGGUCAGCUUCAUAGCCUUUACGUACGAUAAUGCCAUAGCCACAGCGCUAGCCCUGAAUUCAUCUAUAGCCGACCUGCAACGUCUUCAACCUCCUCGAAAACUUGAAGAUUUCACGUACUCCGACGAAGAAAUGGCAAGGGUUAUUUUGAAUCACGCGCAAAACAUCGACUUCAUCGGACUACAGGGACGAGUUCUGCUUGAGGAUGGUCAACAGACCUGGGCAAAGGUUGAUGUAGCACAGGCGCAAGGCACGGAGAUGAAUGCAGUUAUGAUUUAUCACACAAAAGAAGAAUUACUGCAGAAUUCAGGAGUUUCUGACAUCAAAUGGAAAGGCGAUCACAUUCCAGUGGAUGGCGUUACAACCAGACCUGUCAUCCUUGAAGUAUCCUCUCUUUUCCGCGUUAUUCUCUACUCCCUGGCCUCUGUCGGUGCAGUCAUAGCGCUGGCGUUCCUCAUCAUCAACAUCGGAUUUAAGAACAAGAGGGCCAUCAAGAUGUCGAGUCCUCCCCUGGGUAACCUGACUGUGGUUGGUUGUCUGCUUCUCUAUGCCUCCGUCUUCUCUACAGGUUGGGACAAGAAAGACCUGUCUGAUACGGCUAUCAUCGUCAAGUGUCACCUUGAGAGGAUUUUGAUCUCCCUCGGGUUGUCCUUUGCGUUCGGUUCUGUCUUCAUGAAGACGUAUCGGAUACAUGCCAUCUUCACUAUAGCAGUCAAGAAAUUCAAACGGAUUGACCUGCCAGAUUGGAAGCUCAUCGGCGGUGUACUCUUUGCUGUCAUGGUGGAUUGUGUCAUAUUUUUGCUGUGGAUUGUUCUGGACACGUCGACUGUUGAAACCUACACCCUUGAGCCACGGCUGAACAUGACAGAGCCAGAGAAGGAGAUUUAUGAUGUCCCAAUCAUAAGGUAUUGCGGCAGUGAGCAUGCUCAGUACUUCACCAUCGCCCUCUACGGCGUGAAGGGAGUUCUCUUGACAUUUGGCCUUUUUUUGGCCUGGGAGACAAGAAACAUCGCCGUCUCUCAACUCAAUGACAGUAAAUACAUUGCAGCGUCAGUGUACAUCGUCGCCUUGACCAUAGCCCUAGUUGUCCCAACAAUGACUAUCCUCGGCGAUGACGUCAAUAUGACGUUUCUGGUUCCCGGAGUUGCCAUAGUGAUCGUCAACACUGCAGUGCUGUGCUUGAAUUUCAUCCCCAAGGUGUUUGUCCUCCUGACCGUAGAAGAUAAGAACAUCAAUUUGAGCAUGAUGACGUCGAUGGGAUAUGGCGGCUCCUCUGCGACCAAUUCAAGCAGAUUAUCGCACAAGAAAGAUGGCGGCAGUAGGUUGGAAGGAUUACGCUCAAAAUAUGAACAGCGAAAGGCAAAGUUGGAGUGUUUGUGCAAAGAACUACAGCUCGUGUGCAACAGGACCAAAACAAACUGAAGACGAGACUGUGGAAUCCAAGGAGAUGCAUUGAGGGCUAGUUUAUACGGCUGGCUCAAAAAAGAAGAGAGUAUUGAAUUUGUAAACUAAACGUGUUCACUUACCGCACAUUUCAUGGUAUAACUUUCGUGUAAAAAAUGUGUGUCGCACUCAAAAACCACAAUUCCUUCACGUAUUUUAUGGUUACAAGCCACUUUUCCCUUGUCCCCCUACACGAUUACACAAUUGGAUAUAAAUGUAUAAUAGAUCCCAAUUUCAAUUGUACGUGUUCAUGUGCAUUUCCAGCUAAUUCAAAGUUAUUUUUUGUUGACAACAUGCUUGUGUUUUGAAUUGUUUGUAAUGUAAUUCGACCGAAGGCGACAUUCUACUACUAAUAAGCAUAAGGAUUAGGCCUACGGCUACCUAAAAAGUCUUGCGAAAAAUGAACCCGUCAGAUGUCACAGUAAAACUGCCGAGUGGUGGCGCUUUUGAUAAAUGAAAGCAAGGAUAGCAAAGGGAAGUUGCUAAAUAGUUAGCGUACUUUCCAUGCAUCAUUGCAAUAAAAUACAGGUGAGCAAUCGGCAGGUUUUUCUAUACAAGUUUUGUUUUUAAUCCACAAUAAGGAAAAUAGUUUUUGUUAUCGUACUAUAUUAAAAGCAAAGGUGUGUUCAAAACCAAAUUUCUUUUCCAAGAAAAUACAUACUAUAUUAUAUACAAUGUAAGAAUUGUUUUUGUCACAAACCUUCGAGUUCUUUUUCUUGAAGACGAGAAAUUAUACGAUUUUAUUAAACGAAAUUUACGCUUUAAAUGGCUCAGUUUGCACAGUGCUCAACAAUUUAUGUACAAUGAGGUACAACUACACUUAAAUCACUUAUACUUGUAAUUAUGCACUCUAGAGGGGGUGCGAUGACGUCAUUGUGACGUCAAUCACUUGACGCACCCUAUUUCGUGGAAAUUAGACCAGUCAUAAAUACUAAUUUAUUAAAAUUUGCGAUAAUGUUUAAAAGUUUAUCUGUUAGUGAAUUGUCUGAAGUAUUCCUUAAUAAUUUAUGAUGCCACCAUAUUACAUGUACUGGCUUUUCAAGAUACUAGGUUGUACGUCCAGAUUCGUCCAAUUCAAGAACUUAUAGAUAUUGUUACUGAAGAAAAACAAAUCGAACAAACAAACACCACAACAAACAAACAAACAUCCCAACAAAUAUUCAUAAGUACCUGCCAUAAUUGCAAAUUGUAUGUAAUUAUACCAAAUCUAGCUGAACUGGAUAAUGUUGGCUGAAAAUCAUCUGGGUAAUAAAAUGUUUUCGAUAUUGUACAUGC